AUGAUAUCCACCUUACUUUGGAUUCGGAAAGGGGUUGCUGCCGAACUACCUGAAAAAUACGAACUCGAUGACAAAGAAUACGAGCGGAUCAGUGAAUUUUCAGCAUUGCAGUUAGAAGAAAAAUCCGAUUCAACCAUUAAAAAUGAAACAAAAAUGGAAACUGAAGGUGGAGAUUCAGAUCCAGAACUAGCAGAGUAUAAUUUGGAUCAGUAUGAUGACGAUAAAGAAACUAAUGGAGAAAAGAUUUCUAUUUUCGGAAAUAUAAAAGGUCUAACUUAUUACACUUCAAAUGAAGAGGAUCCAUAUAUCACCCUUAAUGAUGAGGAUGAUGAGACUGAUGAUAUUAAGAUUCUUGCCAUUGACAAUGUCUUGGUGGCAGCGAAAACUGAAGAUGAUAUUUCGCAACUGGAAAUAUACGUAUAUGAAGAAUCUGAGGAUAACCUCUAUGUACAUCAUGAUAUAUUGCUGCCAUCAUUUCCUUUGUGUCUCGAAUGGCUAGAUUUUCGAUUGGGUAAGAAAUCUGGAAUGGAAGGGGGUGGAAACUACGUCGCUGUAGGGACAUUUGAUCCAGAAAUUGAGAUUUGGGAUUUGGAUACGGUGGAUUUGAUGUAUCCCGAUGCAAUAUUAGGAAGGCGCAAGGAAGAAAAAAAAAAGCGAAAAGAUUCUGAAAAACCUAAUGCAAAAUAUCAUACAGAUUCGGUCAUGUCAUUAUCAUGGAACAAACACCACAGAAAUCUAUUAGCAAGUUCCUCGGCUGACACUACGGUAAAACUGUGGGAUCUCCAAUCGUUGAAAUGCGCAUAUUCAUUUAAUCAUCACAAAGACAAAGUUCAACAGGUGGCAUGGCACAACGUCGAGUCAACUGUAUUACUGACCGCAUCUUUUGACAAAACCGUGGCGGCUUUUGACAGCCGCGCACCGGAUAACGUUGCAUAUUGGAAUUUGGGAAGCGCUGAUCCAGAAUGUAUACGUUGGGAUCCGUUUGCGCCUCAUUACUUCUACGUCAGCACGGAAGCAGGCUUGGUUUUAUAUUUUGAUGUACGGAACCCCGGUCAAAACACUCCAAUUUUUACAUUGCACGCUCACGACUCGGCUGUGACAUCUCUAGACAUUAAUCCAUUGAUUCAAGGGUGCGUGGUUACUGGAUCGACGGAUAAAAUGAUUAAAGUGUGGGAUGUCAAAGACAUGAAACCAAAAAUGGUCACAAGUCGAGAUUUGGGCUUAGGAAAAAUAUUUUCCACCCAAUUUUGUCCAGACUCACCUUUUCAAUUGGCUGCGGCAGGUUCAGAAGGAAAGGUAUUUAUUUGGGAUUUGUCUAGCAAUGCGGGAAUAAGAAAUUCGUUCAAUGGAAGGACAAACGUACCAAUAAGAAACGAUAAUUCAAAUAAAAUUGUGAUUGCUCCACAAGAUGACAAUAGUGAACAAGAAGAAGACAGUGGUGAUAGUGAGGAUUGGGAAGAUAUGGAAGAUGAUAGUGGUGAUGACGUAUAA